CCAUGUAACAAAUUACCUGGCCAGGGGAUACUCAUCGUAAUCUCAUGUAUGGUAUGGUCAUGUGACAUCCGAUAACACAAGUCUUAUCAAGUGCACACAUACCUCGGCACCGCCCUAUUCCGUAUAAAAGGUCUGUAUCCGUGAGUUGGUCACCGAGGUGUCCAUCAUCCACUGUCGUCGUCUCAAGAUCACCAAACCGUCCAACUACCAGCAGGCAUGUCCUAUCAAAUAAGCAGAGUGAACCUGCCAGCAACCUACAGGAUUCCAAAUGGACUCCAUGUAGGGAAACAAAUCAUCAUACGCGGCAGAGUUACCUGGGGCACCGAUGUGUUUGCCAUCAACUUGCAGCAGGAGGAGAACCCCACUGAUGGGGAGAUCGCCUUCCAUUUCAAUCCCCGUCCAAGCGCCAACACGUGUGUACGAAAUUCCUUCUCCGGGGAUUGGAUGGAGGAGGAGACCGACCAGCCCCACUUUCCAUUCGACGAUGGCAUGUCCUUCCUUCUCCGUAUCGAAGUUGCUGAAGAUGCAUUCCGAACUUACGUGCACGGCAAACCCUACAUCAACUUUGCACACAGGCUUGAUUAUGGAAACGUCCAUUACUUGCAUUUGACACCUGGCGUGGAAUAUUAUGACAUCACAUUCCAGGAGAGAUACAGUCUGCCCUACCGCACAGAAAUUCCCGGGAAUAUGGAAGUCGGCAAAGCUGUUCGUGUGAGGGGAGCUGCUCAGGACAAUGAUGGAUUUAGCAUCAACUUCGGCUGUGACUGCGAGAAUAAUUCGACGGCCUUUCACUUCAAUCCUCGCCCGACAGAGGGCGUGGUUAUCCGGAACGCCAACCUUGGAGGAUGGGGAGAUGAAGAGAGAGAUUACGAUGCAGAGUUCCCAUUUACACCCAUGAACUACUUUGACGCAAUGUUCAUAUGUACGGAUGACCAGUAUGUGGUCCAUGUAAAUGACAAGUACUUCACCAACUUCGGACACCGCUGUGGAGUUCCAGAUUCAUCCCACUUCCAUAUCCAAGGCAAUAUGGACAUCAAAGACGUCGAGUACUACGAACCCUUGGACGACGACUUCGUGAAGGAGAUCCCAUGCGGACUUGAGAAGGGAGAUGUCGUUCUCUUCAGGGGCUUUAUGAAGCCAGGUGGUGAUACCUUCUCGGUGAACCUAAUGAACGGACCUUCUGCCGACGAUGACAUCGCGUUUCAUUUCAACCCCCGUAUUGGAGAGGGAGCACUGGUGAUGAACUGCCGAAUGGGUGACUGGGGAGAGGAAGAGAGAGAAGACCUACCUUCCUGCUUCUUAAACAACGAACCAUUUGAGAUCAAAGUCGUGACAAAGAGCAGGAAAUUUAAACUAUACGUAAACGGAAAGAAGUGUGCCAAAUUUGACGCCAGAGGCCAAGUAGAGGAUAUCAAAGGUAUAAACGUCAGAGGAGAUGCCUUCAUAUACCAGGCUAAGCUUCAGAGGAAAAUGGAAAAGCCAGUAGCAAUUGAGAGAAUUCCUGGUGGUUUCCGUGAAGGCGGAUGGGUUGUUGUUCAAGGAAUUCCAAAGAAAGGAUCCGGAGGUUUCGCAGUAAACUUGACCUGUGGUGACGAUGACGCAGACGAUAUAGCCAUGCACUUUAACCCCCGACUGGAAGAGAACUGCACCAUUAGAAACACGUGUACAGGGGGAGAUUGGCAGGGUGAAGAACGGGAUCAACCAAGCUUCCCAUUCGAACUUAAGGAUACUUUUGAAGUUGCCAUCAAUGCUCAACCGGAUAAGUUUGUCACAUACGUCAAUGGCCAGAGGUACAUUGAAUAUGCCCAUCGCCUCCCAUUGGACAGCGUGUGUCACGUGAAACUGACUGGAGACGCUGACUUCUUUGAGCCAGAGUUCUUUUAAAACAAUCGGAUCAAAUCUUCAGAAGUACUACCAGUGGGAAUAGAACGUGUGGAUGAAUUGUACAUCGAAAUAGACAUUAUUCCUUGGACCAAUGAAUAUGGAUGGACAACGUCAAAUUCUUGUGUUUUAACUUGGCUUCUGAACACAAUCGCUUGUGUAUAUUGGCAUAGCAAUAGACUUGUACCGUGGAUCGUUUAUACACGCAUUAUUCAACGUGUGUCUAGUACAAUCAGGCUGAAACAUUACUACAUGUCGUUUUAUCUGUGGUCUAUAAUGUUAAAUAAACAUAUUCUAUACAUUUCUAUCUCUAGA